CUUACAAUCCCGUUUUUCAAGCCUCGACUUCAAACGCUCGCUCUCCCUCUCUGGGCGGUGCAACUGCAAAAAACCCUAACUCCCAAAAUGUUGAUCACGGAGGAGCAGAGAAAGCGAGCGGAAGCAAAUCGAGUGGCAGCCCUAGCGAAGCGAAAGGCACUCGAAGAAUGCACCACCAGUGAACAGAACGUUGAUCCAUGGAGGCUCUUCAAGUGUACCAAGGUCUCUGGGGAUGUCAGUACCCGUCACCCAAAAUCGCAUCCAAAUGAAUUGAUCGACCCGGUUCCGGUGACCCAUUUGAGUCAAAGUUUCCGGGUCAAGUUAGAAAUUUGCUCUCCCGACUCGUUCUCGGCUACGCCCGAAGUAGUCGAGGGUUUUGAAUAUCCUGGUGAUGAAGAAUGCUUGCAGAAACUGAGCGAUUGUUUGGCGGAUGUGGUGCCAUCACACUAUACACAAAAUCACAUUGGUGGAAAGGCAUGUGUUUAUAAGCUCAGGGAUUACGAUGCUGUCUUGAAUUACUUAAAGAACUACAAGGGUCUUCAGAUUGAUGCGGUACCCUUUCAAACGCUUAAUGUUGUCGAGAGACUCUCACAUUCCUUUAUUUUACAAAGAUGGGAGCCCUGCAGGCCUGAGCAUUUACAUGAUGAGAAAGUCAAUGAACUAAUGGAGAAGCUACCCAAAAAAUUGUUAGCUACACUCUUGCCUUUCCAACUUGAUGGCUUAAGAUUUGGCUUGCGAAGGGGUGGACGGUGUCUUAUUGCGGAUGAAAUGGGUCUUGGGAAGACACUCCAGGCUAUUGCUAUUGCAGGCUGUUUCAUAAAUGAAGGUCCUAUACUUGUUGUCUGCCCAGCUAUCUUGCGUUUUUCAUGGGCUGAAGAGUUGGAGCGGUGGCUUCCCUUUUGUUUACCUUCUGAGAUCCAUCUUGUUUUCGGUCAUCGGAAUAAUCCAGCAUCUUUGACAAAAAGCCCAAGAGUUGUGGUUAUCUCUUAUAAAAUGCUUCAUAUCCUGCAAAAGAGCAUACUUGAACGAGAGUGGGCUCUAAUGAUAGUUGACGAAUCUCACCAUGUACGAUGCUCAAAGAAAAAGUCAGAGUCAGGAGAGGUAAAAUCCGUUCUUGAUGUGGCUGCAAGGGUCAAGCGCACAAUCUUGCUAUCUGGGACACCCUCUUUGUCAAGGCCCUUUGACAUAUUUCAUCAGAUAAACACGUUAUGGCCUGGUUUGCUGGGAAAGACCAAGUAUGACUUUGCAAAAACUUACUGUGCCGUCAACUUUGUUCAGUAUUCUCAAGGGAAAAAUUCCAGGGAUUUUUCAAAGGGCACUCGUUUGGAGGAGUUGAACGUGUUACUUAAGCAAACAGUUAUGAUAAGACGGUUAAAGGAGCAUGUGCUGGUGCAAUUACCGCCAAAGCGCCGGCAAAUUAUAACAUUGAUGUUGAAGAAAUCGGAUAUCGCUCUGGCAAAGGCUGCAAUUAGGGUGGUGAAUGGUGAUACUUGUCAAAAAAAUGACACUGAAGACCAGCCUUCUCAAAAUUCCAACAGAGCUGAUGAGCAACUCUCCAACCAAGAGAUUGGUAUUGCAAAGCUGUCUGGAUUUCGCCAAUGGCUAUCAAUUCAUCCACUCGUUGCUUCCUUCGAUGGCACAUCAAACUUUGAUAUGACCUGCACUUCUCAGAAAAUGAUAAUUUUUGCACAUCACCAUAAAGUUCUUGAUGGAGUACAGGAGAUCGUUUGUGAGAAAGGGAUUGCUUUUGUACGCAUUGAUGGAAGAACACUUGCUAGAGAUAGACAGUCAGCUGUCUUGUCAUUCCGAUCAUCACCCAAGGUUAAGAUUGCAAUUGUUGGUAUAACUGCUGGGGGUGUUGGACUUGAUUUCUCAUCUGCACAACAUGUUGUGUUUUUGGAGAUGCCUCAGUCACCAUCUCUGAUGCUUCAGGCCGAGGAUAGAGCCCACAGGCGAGGACAGAGGAACGCAGUCAACAUAUAUAUCUUCUGCGCAAUGGAUACAGUGGAUGAGAGACAUUGGCAAUACUUGAACAUGAGUUUGCACCGUGUUUCAUCUACAACAGAUGGGAAAUAUGAUUCAGUAAAGGAGCUGACGGUUGAAGGUGUUUCUUAUUUAGAAAUGUCUGGUAGCUUUGAUACGAGUUGUGAAGAACAAAUUUUUGACAAUUCCAGAUGCGAUAAGUCCCCUUCAUGGGAAGAACCUAAGCUGCCAGAAUAUAGCGUGGCACAGGAUAUACCAAAUUUUGAAGUAUAUGAUGGACUGGCUUCAAACCAAUACAGUAGAUUCAGUGAAAGGAGUAAGCCUACCUGCAGUGUCACCCUAAUUGAGGAUAUUCACAUGAAGGAAGAUAUUGUCCCUAAUGAGUCAGGAAAGAAAUUUCUUUCCGAGGAAAAUACAGAAGGCCUUCUUUCUGAAGCUGAAAUUGGAAUUCUCGGUGAUUUUUCUGUUUGCAAGCCUGGGGAGGCUAGUGAAAAUAAAUAUCAACUGGACAAGGAACACUCACUACAUCCUCAUGAAACAAUGAUAAAUGAUGGUGGACCUCUUGAGCCAAAUGAAUGUUCAUCUAAAUCAGUGGACUUACUGCGUUUUGAGGUGAGUCAAUACACUGGGAGGAUUCACCUGUAUUCAUGCAUUCCAGGGGUAGAUUUGAGACCAAGGCCACUGUUUGAGAGCUUCCGACCUGAGGAGCUUGGGAUGAUUGAUUCUGCUCCAGGUAAUGAUAAGGAAGCAGCUUCCCCAUUCUUCAAGGAUAGCCCACGUUACCGACAUUCUUUCCUGACAUUCAUUAACGAGUGGAAUAAACUAAGGCCCAUUGAUCGGAAGAAGUUACUUGGAAAGCCUUUGCAACUUCCUUUAACUGCUGAGUUGUGUUACUUGAAUGAAAGUAUCAACCAUGACAGGGGGGGACUGCUAAGGGGCAAAAGCAAGAGGCGGACUACACCGUUUUAUGAAAUAAGCCAAACUUUACCAUCAAAUGCCGAUUGGAGAAAAGUGCGUCUUUUCGUUGGUUACAGCAAAAAGGAGAAAGAAUACAUGCAAGGGUGGACCUUAAUGGGCGAACCACUCUGUAAACUCUGUCAGACUCCAUGCAAGGACAAAAGGGCAAAGACACCUGAAUUUUUUGAGGAUCUUUUUUGUAACCUUGAUUGCUGUGAAGAAUAUCGUCUUCGAACCAGUAAUAGAUAUCUCCGCCAGGAACUUUUUCAAGUAGAGCAUGGGGUAUGCUCGAAAUGCCAAUUAGACUGCCAUCAACUUGUGAAAAUCAUUAAACCUUUAUCUUUGGUAAGGCGGAGAGAGUACAUCAAGAAAGUAGCACCAAACUUGGCCAGUCGGAAGAGUUUGCUUGAUAAGCUUGUCAGUGAUCCAUCUGAGGGCAACGCAUGGCAUGCAGACCACAUUGUUCCAGUCUACCAAGGUGGAGGUGAAUGCAGAUUAGAGAACAUGAGGACUCUUUGCGUGACCUGCCAUGCUGAUGUCACUGCUGCACAACAAGCUGAACGAAAGUCAACGAGGGCCCGGGCCAAGAAAAACCUUAAAGAUGCCUUGAAUAACCUCAAAAAUGUUCAGGACAUGAAAAGGACUCGUAUUUAUAAGGUGCAAAGAGAUUUGGAGAUCAAAGAGGACAUGGAUGAUGAUGAUCUUCUAGUCGUCGUUCCUGGAAGUGCCUAUUCUGGUGAUCAAGUAGCUACUUCCAGUGAAGACUUGCACAAAUCUUCUGAAGCUAAAUCUUCACAUAUGAACGGAACAUGAAGCUUUGUUUCAUAAUAUAACUAGCAUGGCAUUAACCAACUUUUUUUUCCCUUUAUAAUUGUAUUAUAUUGACUGUAUUACAAUUGAAAAACAGCCCCUGUAGUCGCUUUGAUGCCCCAUAUCUGGCUGAUACGCGGCAUGACAGUUUUUGUGUAUAUUUCUAGAUGGUGCCGAAAGGCAGUGGAGAUAGAAAAGUAAGGACUGCAUGUUUCUUCUGUAAAACAAAAUCCGAGGGUGUCUUGGUACCAUACCGUUUAGAUAUAAAGCAUCAUUAUUCUAGUUUAA